AAAAUACCGCGCCCGAGCUAAGAUCAGACGCGUGAGCCCCACAUAACAGGCAUAUAUUCACUCUUUCCACGCUCUCUGCCGACCCUACUAGGCUGGCGGGUCUCCCUUCCCUCUCUGGGAGCUCUACCAUGCCGUCUGUUGCCCAGCCAUUUAUUAACGGAGUCGAAUUCGGCCACAAGGACAAGCUCGGAGAGCCUGUGCGGACUGGAUUUACCGCUGUGAAUGGACGAGGCUCCCCUCCGCAACACAAAACCAACGGCGUGAACGGGACCAACGGCAUGCCCGCCAGUGACACCAUCAACGUAACCCCGAUCUCGCGAAACAGCUCCGAGGAGCAGGAUCGCAAGAUCCCAGUGCCCCAGAGAGAGGACUGGCAGUAUAGCACGACCAACGGACACGGCCACAGAAUCGUGACCCCUCCCAACGGAGCUGAGAGACCCUCCACGGGUAGCCCAGGGAAGAGGAAACUAUCGGAUUCUGAGGAGGAGGCCAACGGCUAUCACACCUACGAGAGUUCCACAUCUCAGGCACGGAGACGCGUUGCAUCUUACGACUCGGUUCAGGAGGACGACUCGCCCAACACCGUUUCUCAUAGCGUGCCUGUUUCAAUUGAGCACACGACCGAGCGAAGCGGGAGUACUUGGCAGCCUCGCCAACGGGCAGAAAGCAUGAACGAUAGUCAAUUUGCAGAGGCGUUACAGCGCGAUUCACGACAGCGCGAUUCACGAAGCAUGGAAUCGGAGGACAGGAAUGGUAGCCCUGAUGGUGGAUCUAUGACGGCUGAUGGCGACACCCGAAAUCAAGGAGACCGGAGCAGCACUACCGAACUCACUCGCGCUGGUGUCCAGGUUGAUCCCAAGAAGAGGAAGAGGCAAUUUGCGAACCGAACAAAGACUGGCUGUCAGACUUGUAGGAGGAGGAAGAAGAAAUGCGACGAAGCAAAACCUGAAUUAAUUGCAUUCGCGGUGGCUUCAUCUGCGAAGGUUAUGCGCAUAAAGCUACCUGGACGAAACCCAGUCUUUCCAAGACACACGUCCCGUUGCAAGCGAAAGACCGGUUUUCUGAACAGUCUGGACUCUAUCACACUCAUGGUCAUCCCCGAGAAAGCUAUACCGAGCCACAUGCAUCAUCACAUGUCGACGGAGCUCGAACGAGACCUAUAGUAGUUGAUGAGAUUGAGCGUCCGACUCCAAGACCCGCAUGGAAUAACGGGUGGCCAGAGCAACCCAGGCCAUACGCCCAAGAGCCUCCGCCACUUCAUGAUUACCAACAGCCGCCUCCAAUGGCACCACGCCCGCGACAGUACACACAUGAGUACGAGCACAGCAUGCAACCUGCAGCAAUUGCCCAGCGGCCUCCCCCUGCUCCGCAAGGCUACGGCCAAAAUGUGCAAAACAUCAGCACUUCCCAGUCCGCGAUGACCGCACAACUUGCUCUCCAACAUCACACUCAGGGUGUGCAUCCGCGCCCGGCC